AUGAUUAUUCAUAGUUGCAUGAAAUACACUUCGUUAAACUCUACUGAUAUGAUUUGUAAAAGUUGCAAAAAUGCAUUUCCGCAUUAUGAUAAAAAUGAUCCUAUUAUGAUUCUAAUGAGUAAUUCGAAAUCAUUAUUGCUAAGACACAAUAUUGACAAAAAUUGGAAAUCAGAUGUAAUAUAA